AUGAAGCUCAACAAUAUCAUCCUCCUGGACCGAGAUCCCAAAUCUCGAUGGACGGUUGAGUACAAUGCCAACACCAUAGAUUCGAUAUUACCAUCCACAGAUGGCGAACUUCGGUCGGGACCAUCAAGUCCAGAACCUUCAGAGGAGACCAAUACUGGAGGGGAACCAGCAUCCCUCCUCCUCCCAGCACUAAGCCACCCACACAUCCACCUCGACAAGCCAUAUCUCCUGACCACCAACAUCCAACACCAUCCAACCCAUGCUCACCAGACCUCCUAUCCGGACUACACCGACCUAACACCGAAAACCGGCAGCUUCAGCGAAGCUCUUUCGUUCACUGGCCAGGCGAAAGCCCGGUACACACCUGCCGACCUCUACCUCCGAGGCUCUCAGCUCAUCGCGACAUCUCUAACGCAAGGCGUGACAUCUUGCCGGGCGUUCGUCGAACUGGACCAUGUGACCGGGACGACGUGCCUCGAGGCCGCGGUACAGCUUAAGGAAUCUUUUGGAGGGAAAUUCGAGCUGCAGAUCUGUGCGUUUGCACAAGAUCCGGUUUUCAGUUCCGACCAUGGGGAGGAAAAUCGUCGGAUCUUGGAAGAUACACUACUGAAUUAUGCUGGCGCCGUGGAGGCGGUAGGAUCAACACCCUAUGUCGAGUCAGAUCGAGAGGCAGGUCUGCAGAAUAUCAAGUGGGCUAUCGAGAUGGCGUUACAGCAUGAUCUACAUCUUGAUUUCCACCUCGAUUAUAACCUCGGGGACUCCGAGCCGAUGGUCUGGGAUGUGAUCCGGCUAUUGAAUGAAGCGGAGUGGACGUCAAAAACAAAGCCCGGCAAGACGAUUGUCCUAGGGCACUGUUCGCGCCUGACGAUGUUCACAAACAAGGAGAUGAAAGAGCUAGCGACGCAGAUUCACGAUUCUGGACUCCCAAUACAUUUUCUGGGUCUUCCGACGAGCGAUCUCUUCAUGAUGGGUCGGCCAGAUGAUGACGGCGAGGAGUCGAAAGGCGCUUAUCGGCCCAGAGGGACCUUGCAGAUACCGAGCAUGAUACGCGACUACGGGCUCAAUGGUUGUUUGGGAGUGAAUAAUGUAGGCAAUGCUUUCACGCCUUGGGGGACCGGUGACCCGCUUGCUCUGGCGUCGUUAGGGGUCGGAAUUUAUCAGGCGGGCACGUCGGAUGAUGCGAAGGUUUUGCUCGAGUGUGUUAGCCAGGGGGCAAGGAGGGCCAUUGGGUUGGAGACUGGUGGUGCUGAAGAGCGGGAGAGUAGUGGUGAUUUGUUGUGGGAGGGUAGGAAGGGGGAUCUACUACUCAUCAAGAAUAAUGAAUGGAUCGGCUGUCCUGGCCAUCUGGGAUUAAAAGUCCCUGCGCGACAGAGAAUCAGUGUCAAGGACGUCGUGUGGGAUCCGCCUGAGAUUCGGCUUCGUACCGUUCUGAAAUAA